CGGUGGGUCCCGGACCCCGGGGCGGAGCGCGGGGGCGCCCGGAACCCCGGAGAGCGGCAGGGAGCGGGGGAAGCGCUUCCUUCCCGAUUUGCGGAGUAGAUUCCAUCUCCCCACGCCCACCCCCACUGCUCCGUCUGCGGACAGACCAGAGAUUCUGCAUAUCCCUAACACCACGUGCCUGAGUGAUGCUGAGAGUUCCGGUCCACAGACCGUAUUUUGAGCAGCAAGGGUGUAAACGACAUUUAGAGCAGCAGUUCUCAAACUUGGAUGCACGUGAGAAUUAGUUGGGGAGCUUUGAAAAAGAGGAUACCUGGACCCCACCCCUGACCAAAUGAAUCAGAACCUCUGGGGUGUGGCAGCAGCCGACAGCCCUCAGUGUGGAAGAAUGGCCGUGAGCCACUCGGUGAAGGAGCGGACCAUCUCUGAGAACAGCCUGAUUAUCCUGCUGCAGGGCCUCCAGGGCCAGGUGACCACUGUGGACCUGCGCGACGAGAGCGUGGCCCGCGGACGCAUAGACAACGUGGACGCUUUCAUGAACAUCCGCCUGGCCAAUGUCACCUACACGGACCGCUGGGGGCAUCAGGUCGAGCUGGAUGACCUCUUCGUGACAGGCCGUAACGUCCGUUACGUCCACAUCCCGGAUGAUGUGAACAUCACGGCGACCAUUGAGCAACAGCUGCAGGCCAUCCACCGGGUGCGCAACUUUGGCGGCAAGGGCCAAGGCCGGCGGGAAUUUCCCUCCAAAAAGUAUAAAUGAGCCGAGCCCCCGUCCCCACUCAAGUUCCCCUGGGGUUCUGCCGAGCCAACCGCCUGUGCCGCCUCCCUGCCCAGAGCCCAGAGAGCGCGCAGGGCCAGCCCAGAAACGGGUGUCUCUGAGAGACACCCCUGUCACAGCUGCCUUUCGCAGGGUCCCAUCUCCUAGGCCCCCCCUGGGAUCCUGUCUCUCUGCCUGUGGCCUUGAGGCAGGGGACAUUGAUCACCUUGUGAUGAUUUGCAUCAGAAUCUGAUUUACUGAUUUAGGGAAUCUGCCAAGUAGUUUCCAACCCUCUCCCAGUGAGAGUUACCAAGUGUACUUAGCCUGGGCCACCCUCAGUGUUCCGGUUUCCCACAGUUGUUUUUCUUUCUCAUAAAACUUGGAUGCAAAC